ACACACCUUAUCAUACUAUCUUCUUCUACAUUCUUAAUCAUAUUCUCUUUUCAUUUCUUUCUACGUGAUUAGUUAAUAACACAUUUCUCUUAGUAAUGGAGAAAGGACAAGCUGGAUCAUCAUCGUCUUCUUCCUUCACCGCUCAACUCUUUGGCCCCAAGGAAUCUACUUCCUCUGCCAACUUCAACUCCAUUUUCCCUCCUCCCUCCAAGAGUUUUCAGGGAACAGCAAGAAAUAUCCUAAGCUCCAAACAUGGGUCCCUAGAAAAACGUAAAGACUCUUCAACCUGCAACCUGAGUUCAUCUAUUUACUACGGUGGUCAAGAGGUUUACUCUCAAUCAACACAGAACUUUACUUACCCUCCAAUUAACAAGGAUCAGGACAGAGACAAAAAUGAUGCCAACUCGUCGGACGCCUCAAGAGGAGACUGGUGGCAAGGUUCACUAUAUUACUAGAAGAACAUAAAGUUGAAACAGAACAACUUUGAUCAUUUUAUCCUUUGUUUGUUCUAAAGAAACUGUUUCAAUGACAUCAUGCUUGUCUCUUUAUCUAAUGUUAGACGAAAGAUUAUAUCUUUUUGUACUUCAAAUAACA